AUGCAACGUCUUCUGGCUUCUGUCCUCGUCCUCCUCGUUGGCACCUCCUUGGCUGCCGACACGUGCUCGGCCUCGGAUAUCCAGGGUCUCACCAAGUGCUACCAAGCAUUCGUCGGUGGAUAUGGCUUCAACAUGACGAACAUAAUUCCGCAUUACUGGGAUGUUCACCAGGUGCGAACGGCUUGGCUCGACGCCCAGGGAGUCAAGAUUCAGCCCAAGGUUUGCCAGAUCGGAAACGCGUUGAUCAACUGCAUCCAGCGAUACUCGUGCCUGUCCCAGGAUACCUACCUUACCCUUGGCGCCAACACGACCGAGGCCCCUCGCUGGUUCAUCGACAAGAUUGCCACCCAGUGGCAGUGCGGAGCUGGAUACAGCACCCUCAUCUCCGACUACUACUGCAUGGCUGCCUGCCGUGAGCACCGUGACGCUCAGCUGAACGCCUGCAACACGAUGAUGAAGCAGGAGAUUAUGAAUGGAACUGAUCCCUGCGUUGCCACCAACGACAUGGUCACCUGCCAAUCCAAGAUCUACGCCACGUACUGCGACUACAAUGCUGGAGUCUUUGACUGUGGACAGAAUGUUGCUGUUAUUAAGGGAACCACCCCCAUGUGCGCGCCAGCCCUGCAGGACUGCGGCAAGUUCCAGUACUACUUC